UCCUUCCUGUAGCACGCAGCCUGCAAAACGGCCGCGCCGGGACCCGGCUGUGCCGGCAGCGCCUGCCCACAGCAGCCACCGUGCUGCCCUGCAGGCUGCAGCGAGCGGACCCGGUGAGUACGGCCCCGGGAUGAGUGCGCAGAUGGGGGGUGGUAACCCAGCCCGCACUGCCGGCCCCAUGCCGCGGAGGAGCCAGGGACCGUGCAUGGGGCUCUCCGACCCAGGGUGGGCUCCGGGGCCCUUUGAGUGCGCACAGAGCCCUUCGAGUCUGCAGGGCGGGAUGCAGUGCGUGGCGGCCACUUACGGGGUGAAGGGGCUGAGUUGGGGCGGCACCGGGGGCAGCUCAGCUGAGAGAGGCUGCCUGGGGGGCUGUGCUCAUCCCCGGUGUGGUGCAGGGGUAGCACAUGGGCGUCUGCGUGGGGGAAUCGGCGCCAUCCAUGUGCCGAGCGGCCGCUGCUGGCUGCCAGCAUCGCUUCUCCCAGAGCCAUUGGGAUGGGGCCGCAUCCUGCCCUGGGUGAGAGCUGGUGUGAGCUGCCGUUCUCUGUGGGACGUGGGUCCCCUCUAUGGCACAGUGCCCCCUGGGAGCACCAACCCACGGGGUGCGCGGGGUCCAGCCCUGUGGCCACCAGUGAGGCCAUUUCUGACCUGGAAGGGAUCGUGGGCUCCCGGAGGUGCUGGGAAACCACGUGUCUGUGUGUUUACUGUGGCUGGCGCAGGGCUGCUAUGGAACCGGCACCGCAGCUGUAGCAUGGGGGGUGGCGGGGGGAGGCUGCUCCCUGCGGGGGGGAAAUUGCACCCAGAGUCCCCUGCUUGGGGCUGGGGGAGCACCACGCAAAGGGCAGUGCGGGCACUGCUGUGGCAGAGGGGCCACAUGGGGCAGGAGCAGCCACCGCCUUUUGGUGUGCCCCCCCAGCGCUUUACCUGGCUCUUCAGGGCGCAUGGGGGGCCGGGGGCUGCAGUCGGUGGGUGUACUGGUGUGAGCACGGGGGCCAUCCCUGGAGGGGUUGUGUGUUGCAAGCAUGAUGUGAGAGCCCCGCAAGCAUCCUGCAGCCAUAUAUUGUGAGCAUCCUGCGAGCAUCCCAGGACUGUGUGCCAUGAGCAUCCUGCCAGCACCCCGCAUCUGUGUGCAAAGAGCAUCCUACAGCAUCUCAGGAGCAUCCUGCAAGCAUCCUGCACUCAGCUGGAGCCGGCUUACCAGGGCAGCAGCAGCCUGGGGGCAGUGGUCCUUGGGCAGGUGCUGCCCAUGCUGGGGCCGUGCCAUGCUCCCUGCACACAGGGUUGUGUCUGCCAGCCUCGCCCUAUGAGACAUUUCCCUCCUUUUGUCUACUCAUGCUGGGCUGUGGCUUUCCUGCAGCUCAUGGCUGGAGCUGGCUGCCAGCCUGCUGCUGUGCCUGGGAGGCUCUGGGGCUGCCAAUGGCGGCUGUGACCACAGCCCAUCCCAACUGCAGCCCCGGCUGGGUCCCUUGGCCACCCCUGGACUCAGAGGUGCUCCCAGCUCCCUCAUGUUGCUGCCUUGAGCCCUCUAGGAAACUUAUUUUGUGUGUGUUUCACCCAUUUUGCAGCCAAUGUGGUAAUGCCAAUUGGGUAGUGGAGCUACUGGCAUCUCUCACCCCUUCCCACCGGGUCCUGCCAGGCUCCCCUCCCCACGCUGUCCCCAUUGUCCCCCUCCACAAUUGUCCCGCCGUGUGCGCAGCAUUGCGAGUACUAAGUCACCAGCAGGCAAGUUGCUGUGGCUUGUUGAGUUGCUGCUGGUUAACCGAGCUGUGGUAAUGGGUGGGAUUAUAGCUCGCUGCCAGGACUAACUAAAUGCAAAGUAGCUUAAACCACUGCAAUUAUCUGUCUCUUGCAAUUGUUUGAGCGUGCAUAUGGCUGACUGCUGCAGCUGACCCUGGUGCUGCUGAAGGAGGAUGGAUCCGACUAAAGCAUGGUUCCUGGGGCUGUGUCCUCAGGAUGGAGGAGCAGGAUGGGAUGGGGAUGGGGAUGGGGUGGGGAUGUGGCACCAGAGGUUUCUGCAUCUUUUGGGAACGUCUGCUGUGCUCGUGGCCGGCCCCCAUGGCGGGGCAGCUCCAUGCACAACGAUGAGACCACAGCAACUGCAGCACUGUGCUGCCUGCUGGCCCUCCGGAGCCCUGCAGCUCCUGGGGAGGUUCCCCAGCCUGUGGAUGAGGCAGAAAACAAGCAGCGUGGAGAAAUGCCUGCGGCUGCAUCAGUGAUGCUUUUCUUUGGCUGCGGUUAUCAUCCCAGUGCCCAUGGGGUGCAUUCUGGGGCUGUCCUGUGUCCCCCCUGCAGCGCUCCCAUUCUGCCCUCCAUUCCCACUGCGAUGUUCCCAUCUCCUGCUCUAAGGGCUGAGCCUUUUGUGCGCCCUAACAGUGAGCUGACCACAGCGGCAGAUUAAUACUUGUUGCUUAACAACCCAUUGAAGUGGAGUAGGAAGUGUUCUGCUGCUGUAAGAUGGAAUAUAUCACCAUUUUCUUGAUAGGAGGAGCAGCAUUUGUUUGUUCUUUUGUCCGUGCCGAUGUUUCUGUGCUGGGCCUGGGCUGCUCCCGGGGUUCCAUCCCUUCCUGGUGCAGUAAAACCAUUCCUGGCAUCCUCUGCAGCUCUGCCAGCAGCGGCAUUUCCAUCAGUGCCUCUUAUCAAUUGUCAGCAAUUGCUAACUGCCUGUGUGUGCGUUGCUAUCGGCCUCCCCACUGUACCCUUUUCCUCAUUGCUUUCUGUUUUUAUUGCCUCCCCCAGGCCUUCCUUACCAGCAGAAUUUCUAGCUCACUGUCUCUUCUGUGAAUGGGGAAAUGUUCCUUGUUUUUUAUAAGGGAAAAAAUCAUUUUUAGCCAACUCGGUUAUUGUUCCUCUUCCUGUGUGGGGUGGGGAGCGGGGGAAAGGUCUGGCACUGGGUAGGUGCCAUGUCUCCGCAGUCCUGGCUCUGUUUGCUGUGUGCAUGGCUGCUCCCUGCCAGUGGGGAUGCCAGGGCCGUGUGCCUGCAUCCAGAACCUGUGGUUCUGGGGCCACUGAGGCUGCUCAGCCCUACUGACGCCGGGGCUCCUCGCCAGCCCCCAGCCCUCGCUUCCCUGACCAUGAGUCCGUGGUGCAGCAAAGGGAAAUGGCAGCAGUGUGGCCGAGGCAGCAGAGCCAUUCGUGAAUGUCACCAAGCUCUCCAAUGGCUUUUCCUAGAGCAGAGUGGUGCCACAGAGCCAAGAUCCUCCAGUCCCCUUGGGGUGGCUCUGGGGGUGCCCAGUGUGGGGUCCCCGUGCAGUGCUGAUGAUGUGUCCCUGCAGGUGGUGAGCCAUGGCAGUGUGGAUCCAGGCACAGCAGCUCCAGGGCGAAGCCCUGCGGCAGAUGCAGGCACUCUAUGGGCAUCACUUCCCCAUCGAGGUGCGGCACUACCUGUCGCAGUGGAUCGAGAGCCAGGCGUGGGACUCCAUCGACCUCGACAACCCCCAGGAGAACGUGAAGGCGACGCAGCUGCUGGAGGGGCUGAUCCAGGAGCUGCAGAAGAAGGCGGAUCACCAAGUGGGUGAAGACGGCUUCCUGCUGAAGAUCAAGCUGGGGCAUUAUGUCACGCAGCUGCAGAACACGUAUGACCGCUGCCCCAUGGAGCUGGUGCGCUGCAUCCGGCACAUCCUGUACCACGAGCAGAGGCUGGUGCGGGAGGCCAACAACAGCCCCUCGCCCGCCGGCACUCUGGUGGAUGCCAUGUCACAGAAGCACCUGCAGAUCAACCAGACCUUCGAGGAGCUGCGGCUCAUCACGCAGGACUCAGAGAACGAGCUGAAGAAGCUGCAGCAGACACAGGAGUACUUCAUCAUCCAGUACCAGGAGAACAUGCGCCUGCAAGCCCAGUUCUCCCAGCUCUCCCAGCUGGGUCCCCAGGAGCGCCUCUCACGGGAGACGACGCUGCAGCAGAAGAAGGCGUCGCUGGAGGCCUGGCUGCACCGGGAGGCGCAGACACUACAGCAGUACCGCGUGGAGCUGGCCGAGAAGCACCAGAAGACGCUGCAGCUGCUGCGCAAACAGCAGACGACGAUCCUGGAUGAUGAGCUGAUCCAAUGGAAGCGCCGGCAGCAGCUGGCGGGCAACGGCGGCCCCCCCGAGGGCACCCUGGAUGUGCUGCAGACCUGGUGCGAGAAGCUGGCGGAGAUCAUCUGGCAGAACCGGCAGCAGAUCCGGCGCGCCGAGCACUUGUGCCAGCAGCUGCCCAUCCCUGGCCCCGUGGAGGAGAUGCUGUCGGAGCUGAAUGGCACCAUCACCGACAUCAUCUCCGCUCUGGUCACCAGCACCUUCAUCAUCGAGAAGCAGCCUCCCCAGGUGCUGAAGACGCAGACCAAGUUUGCAGCCACCGUGCGGCUCCUGGUGGGGGGGAAGCUGAACGUGCACAUGAACCCCCCCCAGGUGAAGGCCACCAUCAUCAGUGAGCAGCAAGCCAAGGCCCUGCUGAAGAACGAGAGCACCCGCAAUGAGAGCAGUGGGGAGAUUCUCAACAACUGCUGUGUGAUGGAGUACCACCAGGCCACCGGGACGCUCAGCGCGCACUUCCGCAACAUGUCCCUGAAGCGGAUCAAGCGCUCGGACCGCCGCGGCGCUGAGUCGGUGACGGAGGAGAAGUUCACCAUCCUCUUUGAGUCGCAGUUCAGUGUCGGUGGCAACGAGUUGGUCUUCCAGGUGAAGACGCUGUCCCUGCCUGUGGUGGUGAUCGUGCAUGGCAGCCAGGACAACAACGCCACGGCCACCGUGCUCUGGGACAACGCCUUCGCGGAGCCCGGCCGCGUGCCCUUCGCCGUGCCCGAAAAAGUGCAGUGGCCGCAGCUCUGUGAGGCACUCAACAUGAAGUUCAAGGCAGAGGUGCAGAGCAGCCGUGGGCUGACGAAGGAGAACUUAGUGUUCCUGGCACAGAAGCUCUUCAACAGCACCAGCUCCCACCUGGAGGAUUACAGCAGCACCACGGUGUCCUGGGCCCAGUUCAACCGGGAAAAUCUGCCCGGGAGGAACUACACCUUCUGGCAGUGGUUUGACGGCGUGAUGGAGGUGCUGAAGAAGCAUCUGAAGCCGCACUGGAAUGACGGGGCCAUUCUGGGCUUCGUCAACAAGCAGCAGGCGCACGACCUCCUCAUCAGCAAACCUGACGGCACCUUCCUGCUGCGCUUCAGUGACUCCGAGAUCGGCGGCAUCACCAUCGCGUGGAAGUUCGACUCCGCUGAGAGGAUGUUCUGGAACCUGAUGCCUUUCACCACCAGGGACUUCUCUAUCCGCUCGCUGGCUGACCGCCUCGGGGACCUCAGUUACCUCAUCUACGUGUUCCCCGACCGGCCCAAGGAUGAGGUCUUCUCCAAGUACUACACGCCGGUUCUCUGUGAGUCCACGCCAGCUAAAGCUGUGGAUGGGUACGUGAAGCCACAGAUCAAGCAAGUUGUGCCAGAGUUUGUGAGUGCAUCAGGUGACGCCGUCCCUGGGGGCGGCACCUACAUGGACCAGGCUCCGUCGCCAGCCGUCUGCUCCCACCCCCAUUACAACAUGUACACGCAGAACCCCGAGACCGUACUGGACCCCGAAGGCGACUUUGACCUGGAUGACACCAUGGACGUGGCCCAGCACGUGGAGGAGCUGCUGCGGCGCCCCAUGGACAGUCAGUGGAUUCCCCAUGCCCAGUCGUGACCGGCAGCUGCGCGGCCCCACGUUGGCCCCCAGCGCUGCAGGGACUGUGCCGUGUUUGUGUCUCUGUGCCCAACCGGGGGGCAGGCGGCCAUGGGGGGGUUCUCGCCCCACAGAUUUGCUCUGUGCUGUCCCCAAAUGCAGGGUGGUGUCCAGCUCUUUGAUGUUUAUGCCCUUGUAUAAAAGGCAGCGGAUUUGUCGCAUGGUUUUUCCUGUAUGUUCCUUUUACAAGGCCCAGCUUCGGCUUUCCGCUUCUGCUCGCAGUGGUGCUGCCCCACUCCCCACAGCCUCGGGGAGGGCCGGGGAGUCCCGGCCGCGGGUUUGCUUUCUGCAGCCGUCACUAAGGACGUACCUGUGCGCAUCGGUGUUCUAUCGCGGUGACCCCGUUCCCCGGGCGGGGGGUGGCAGUCUGCGGUGUCAGAGUCCCCUUCGGGACUCCAUCUCCUCCUCUGCCCCCGACGGCUGCGGAGCCCUCCCGGCUCCGGGUGCGUCCCCUCUGUCCCCUCCGGCUCCCCUGGGGGUGGGGGGUGGGGGUGGGGGGCGGUGGGGAGGGAGGAAACGCAGCGAGGGGCGGGCAGGAGGCGGCGGGGGCGGGAAGGGGCCCUUCUUCCCCCCCGGCCCGUCCCAUCCGUGUCCCAGAACCUCUGGUUCCCUGGCGAUGUUAUUUUUCUACCACAGAGUAAAUAAAGCACGGACUAUUUUUGUAACACAAAAGCUCUGGGUUUCACGUGUGUCUGGGGAGGGGGCGGCUCCCGGCCUCGCUCUGCCGGGGGGAAGGGGCCCCUCACCCGCACCCGUCAGGCUGGGGUCGGGGCGGGCGGCUCGGGAGCUGCAGGCAUCGCCCCGGGGCAAAGUAAAGCAAACCGAAUUCCGCUGGAUCUUUUGUUUUGUUUUGUUUUGUUUUUUUUAAUAAAAGGACCGCCCCGUUCCGGACGGGGCACACCGG